AUGACUAUUUCUGUAUGUGUGGUUGGCGCCGGGAUCAUAGGUCUUUCAACGGCAUUGCAAAUUUUGCAGAACAAUUCCAAUUCAAAGUAUGAAGUUACGAUAGUAGCAGAAAAAUUUGGUAGAGGCACCACUAGUAGCGCCGCCGGAGCUAUCUUGGAACCUUACUCAGUAGGAAAUACGCCAAUUCAUAUGCAAAAACGAUGGUUUAGCAAAACACUCGAUUGGAUUGCCCAGCUAGGCAAUGAUAAUCCUGGAUUAAUUGGAAUUCAUCAAUUACAGAUAAACUACUUUUUUACAGACGAUAAACCUGAUCCUUACUGGAAAGAUUGGUUACCUGGAUUCCGUAAAGUAACUGCUAUAGAGAAAAAAAUAGCCUGCAGAAAUAGCAGUGUUAAUGGAUGGUGUUUAUCUACCUUCUGCAUUGAUACCUCGAAAUAUAUGGCGUGGCUGACUAAAAGAAUUGAAGAUUUUGGUGGCCGGUUCCAGGAAAGAAAAUUAACUAGCUUAAAUCAGUUAUCUUCGUAUGAUAUUAUUGUAAACUGUUCUGGUAUUGGGGCUUACUCUCUCGUGCCAGAUCCUUCUGUAACCCCAGCGCGUGGACAAGUUAUGAGAGUCAAAGCUCCAUGGUUGCAACAUUCUUGCGUAUAUGAAGAUGAUAAGACGAUCUCUUAUAUUUUCCCAAGGCAAUUAUUUCAAUCCGGUAUUGUAGUGCUAGGCGGAACAUAUCAAGUGGGCAAUUGGAAUACAAAUAUUGAUAAAAAUGACUCGAAAAAAAUAUUCGAAAAUUGUUGCAAGUUAAUACCAAGCCUAAAGAAUGCUGAGAUCAUCGAAGAAACUGUUGGUUUGAGACCAACAAGACCAUCAGUUCGACUAGAGAUAGAAACGCGGAAUGUUGAUCAAAAAGAGAUUAAGAUUAUUCACAAUUAUGGGCAUGGUGGUGCUGGUAUUACACUACAUUGGGGGUCCGCAAUAGAUGCAUAUAAAUUAGUUGAACAGUUGUCUAGCCAAGGCAAAUUGUCAUCGAAGUUAUAA